AUGAAAGAGCCAGAGGAUUCAGACUGCCCUCCAUCUACUCCAUGGCUGCACCGAGGCUACAAGAUCCUGAUGGGAAGCUCCCAUGGCCCCGUAGUUCUCCUAAGGAGUCCAGCUUGGAAGCCAGGAGUCACAGAGGACAAGCUCCCAUGGGACCUACAAGCUGCCUGUGGACCCAAGGAUGUAAGGAAGGUUCAGCGAUGGGAAAGUCUGAGCCCUAGUAAAAACAUUGAUGCUAUUCCAUACUUAACUGAAUCUGCAAGAUAUGAGUGUGGAGCUGAAAAGGGAUCUGAGGUGGCUUAUUUUGAUGGACAAAGUGCUCUGUUGUACAGAUUUGAUAAAAAAUCCAUAAAGCCAAUAAGGGAUGUUAUUUCUUUGAAAUUUAAAGCCAUGCAGAGCAGUGGAAUUCUACUCCACAGAGAAGGACAAUAUGGGAAUCACAUCACUCUGGAAUUAAUUAAAGGAAAGCUUGUCUUUUUGCUUAAUUCAGGCAAUGCUAACCUGUCCCCCACUAAUGCUCCCGUGAACCUCACCCUGGGCAGCCUGCUGGACGACCAGCACUGGCACUCCGUCCUCAUCGAGCGCCUCAACGCGGAGGCCAAUGUCACCGUGGACAAACACGCUCAUCAUUUCCAUACAAAGGGAGGAUCCAGUUACUUGGAUCUUAAUUUUGAGAUCAGCUUUGGGGGAAUUCCGACACCUGGAAGAUCACGUAAAAGCUUUCAUGGGUGUUUAGAAAAUCUUUAUUAUAAUGGAGUGGAUAUCAUUGAAUUAGUCAAGACACACAAACCACAGAUCCGCAUUAUGGGAAAUGUGUCCUUCUCAUGUCCACAGCCACAGACUGUCCCUGUGACUUUUCUGAGCUCCAGGAGUUUUCUGGCCCUGCCGGGCAACUCCGGGGAUGACAAAGUGUUUGUCACUUUUCAAUUUCGAACAUGGAACAGAGCAGGACGUUUGCUUUCUGGCGAACUUCGACGUGGUGCAGAGAGUUUUGUUCUCUUUCUUCAGGAUGGAAAACUGAAACUGAGUCUCUCCCAGCUGGGACAGUCAUGGAGGAACGUCACAGCAGGUGCUGCCUUAAACGAUGGGCAGUGGCAUUCUGUGUCCUUAUCUGCUAAGUGGAGCCAUGUGGGUGUGGCAGUGGAUGAUGACGCAGCUAUUCAAUCCCUGGUGGCUGUGCUGAUCGAUUCAGGUGACACGUAUUAUUUUGGAGGCUGUCCGGACAACAGCUCUGGCUCUGGAUGUGAAGGUCCCCUGCAAGGGUUUCAGGGCUGCCUGAGGCUCAUCUCCAUUGGGGACGAAGCGGUGGAUCCCAUCUCGGUACAGCAGGGGGCGCUGGGGCGGUUCCGUGAUCUCCAAAUAGACUCCUGCGGCAUCACAGACAGGUGCUUGCCCAGCUACUGUGAGCAUGGGGGUGAAUGUUCCCAGUCGUGGGACACCUUCUCCUGUGACUGUCUGGGCACAGGCUACACAGGCGAGACCUGCCAUUCCUCUCUCUACGAGCAGUCUUGCGAAGCCUACAAGCACAAAGGGAACCCUUCUGGGCUUUACUACAUUGACGCAGAUGGAAGCGGCCCCCUGGGACCAUUUCUUGUGUACUGCAAUAUGACAGCGGACGCGGCGUGGACCGUGGUGCGGCACAGCGGCCCCGACGGCGUGACGGUGCGAGGCGCGGCGGCCUCCUUCGCGUACGCGGCCGGCGCGGGGCAGCUGCGGGCCGCCGUGGGCCCGGCCGAGCGCUGUGAGCAGCGGCUGGCUCUGCGCUGCGGGACGGCGCGGCGCCCGGACGCGCGAGAUGGAACCCCCCUGAGCUGGCGGGUUGGAAGAACCAAUGAAACACACACUCAUCGGGAAGGUUCUCUGCCUGAUGCUCAAAAGUGUACUUGUGGAUCAGAAGGGAACUGCAUUGAUUCUCAAUAUUACUGCAACUGUGAUGCUGGCCGGAAUGAAUGGACCAGUGACACAAUAGUCCUUUCCCAAAAGGAGCACCUGCCGGUCACUCAGGUUGUGAUGACAGACACAGGCCGACUGCAUUCAGAAGCAGCUUAUAGCCUGGGGCCGCUGCUCUGCCAGGGGGACAAGUCAUUUUGGAAUUCAGCUUCCUUCAACACGGAGACUUCAUACCUUCAUUUCCCUACUUUCCAUGGAGAACUUACUGCUGAUGUGAGUUUCUUUUUUAAGACCACAGUUUCCUCUGGUGUGUUCAUGGAAAACCUGGGGAUCACGGACUUUAUCAGGAUCGAGCUGCGUGCUCCCACUGACGUGACCUUUUCCUUCGAUGUGGGGAAUGGGCCUUGUGAGGUUACGGUGCAGUCACCCACUCUCUUUAAUGACAAUCGGUGGCACCACUUGAGAGCAGAAAGGAACGUCAAAGGAGCGUCUCUUCAAGUAGACCAACUCCCUCAAAAGAUGCAACCUGCCCCUGUGAAUGGGCACGUCCGUUUACAGCUCAACAGCCAGCUCUUCAUUGGGGGCACAGCCACCAGACAGAGAGGCUUUCUGGGCUGCAUUAGGUCUCUGCGACUGAACGGGAUGGCGGUGGAUCUGGAGGAGAGAGCCACAGUGACGCCAGGGGUGGAGCCGGGGUGUGCAGGACACUGCAGCAGCUAUGGACACUUGUGUCGCAAUGGCGGCAGAUGUAGAGAGAAACGCAGAGGGAUCGCUUGUGACUGUGCCUUCUCUGCCUACGACGGGCCGUUCUGCGCAGAUGAGAUUUCUGCAUAUUUUGAAACUGGCUCCUCGAUGACCUAUAAUUUUCAAGAACAUCACAUCUUAAGUGAAAACUCCAGCGCCCUUGCUUCUUCAUUACAUAGGGAUGCGACCUUGACCAGGGAAAUGAUCACACUGAGCUUCCGAACCACACGAACUCCGAGCUUAUUGCUGUAUGUGAGCUCUUUCUAUGAGGAAUACCUUUCAAUUAUCCUCGCCAACAAUGGAAGUUUUCAGAUUAGGUACAAACUAGACAGACAUCAAGAUCCUGACGCAUUUAAUUUUGAUUUUAAAAACAUGGCUGAUGGGCACCUUCACCAGGUGAAGAUUAGCAGAGAAGAAGCAGUGGUCAUGGUAGAGGUUAACCAGAGUGCAAAGAAACAAGUCAUCUUGUCCUCGGGUACAGAAUUCAACGCUGUCAAAUCCCUCAUAUUGGGAAUGGUUUUAGAGCCCCCCGGCGCGGACCCGGACACGCGGCGGGCAGCAGCGCGCGGCUUCACCGGCUGCCUCUCGGCGGUGCGCUUCGGCCGCGCCGCUCCCCUGAAGGCGGCGCUGCGCCCGGGCGGCCCCGCCAGGGUCACCGUCCGCGGCCACGUGGUCGCCGCGUCCCGCUGCGCGGCGGAGGCGGGGUCCGGCUCCCCGGCGCGGGAACUGGCUCCCUGGCUCGCGGGGGGCGCAGGCCGUUCUGGACCAACAGACGAGGGAGAGCCCUUACCUAACGCAGACGGAAAUGACUCUGCAGUCAUCGGAGGUGUCAUAGCAGUUGUGAUAUUUAUUUUGCUCUGUAUCACUGCCAUAGCCGUACGAAUUUAUCAACAGAGAAAGUUACGCAAAGAAAAUGAGUCGAAAAUCUCCAAAAAGGAAGAGUGCUAA